AUGGCGCAAGUCGAGCCAACGCCAACAAGCUCGCAGCUAAAGCUGCCGCUGCAGCUUAAGCUCCCGCACCCUUGGCUCACAUCUUACACCAUCGCAGUCGCCGGCUUCGACGACGGCCUCCAGCAAUUCCACAUCCAGCCCACCAAGGCCGCGAGCGACAAUGGCCGUCCGCUGCCGCAGCCGCUGCACAAGGACGACCUGACGUGGUCAGAGCUCCAGCACGACGACACCAGCGACCUCUCCGACGCCAACAACAGCUCGUGGGCCCGCGCCCGCCGCACGCCUUUCACCACACUGCGCUGGACGGGCCAGCAGCGGCCGACGGUCGUCCAGGUGUGGCUGGCUGCCUACGCGCUGCUGACACUGCACCACAAGCGCGAGAGCAUCCGGAUUGUGCUGUCCGGCGCCGGCUGGCAGGAACUCGCGCACCAGCUGAGCCGCGUUGGACUGGUCGUGGAGCACCCGCGUGCGGGCGAGUUUCCUCCCCCCACGGCCCAGUACCUCCUCUUCGCCGGCGCCUUCUGGCAGGGCGCAGGCUCGCCCGUCGGCACAAGACCCAUCUGGCUGGGCGAGGCAGCGCUGGAGAUCGAGGCGCAAUUCCCGCCUGUGCCUUUCCAACAGGCGCCGGUGACGGUGUCGUUCGCCGAGGCGCCACGGCACACGCAGCACCUCCUCCGCCCGGCGAAGCCCACGCCGGGGAGUGUGCUGUACAGCCGCUACAUCCCCCACCUCGGCGAGCAUUUCAGCAUGGUGGCGCUGGACUACACGAACCCGGAGCACCUCAACUACUUCCACCUGUGGCAGAACGACCCGCGCGUGGCCAAGGGCUGGAACGAGACGGGCACGCUGGACCAGCACCGCGACUACCUGCGCAAGCUGCACGAGGACCCGCACACGCUGACCAUCCUCGCCCGCUUCGACGACGUCUUCUUCGCCUACUACGAGGUCUACUGGGCCAAGGAGGACCACAUGGGCGCCCACUACCACGCCGGCGACUUCGACCGCGGCCGCCACUCGCUGGUCGGCGACACGCGCUUCCGCGGCCCGCACCGCGUCAGCGCCUGGUGGAGCGGCAUCAUGCACUACAUGUUCCUCGACGAGCCGCGCACCAUGCAGCUCGUCGGCGAGCCCAAGUACGUCAACAGCACCGUGCUGGCCUACGACUUCGCCCACGGCUUCCACGUCAUGCGCCUCGUCGACCUGCCCCACAAGCGCAGCGCCUUCGUGGCCUGCAGCCGCGAGAAGUUCUUCCAGCUGUGCCCCUUGACCUGGGACGGCGAGGACGUCGUGCCGCCGAGCUUGGAUCGGUUGGCGAAGUUGUGA